AUGACUGCGUGGGCGGCAUUACUAGAAUUUGCUAAGAUGAAAAUCGGAGAAAGGGUGCUCAUUGUGGGCGGUGACGAAAUAAUUGGUUAUUCAGCAAUUCAGCUUGCUGUGGCUCACGGAUGCCACAUCGUGACCACAUGUCGUGGUGAAAACAUUGCUCUAGUGUUAGCAGCUGGCGCUAACCAGGCAGUUGACUGCUUGAGCGAGGACAUCCAAUUGGCAGUUAAAGAGAAAUUUGAUGUUGUUUUCGAUACAAUCGGUGCAGCAAGGACCGAGAGAAUAGGCCUUGGUCUUCUGAAAAGAGGAGAGAUAAUAGGCCUCAGUCUUCUGAAAAGAGGAGGACGCUAUGUCAAUCUCAAGGAGAAUGUUCCACUGGAUCAUCCUGAUAAUUUGAUUUACCCAUUUAGAGAUAACUCGGAGUUGAUUGCAGAUCUCUACAAAAAUCUUAGAAUAGUAUAUCACACUAUACGCCGGCCGUCCUCCCGCCCUAGUUUAGAGGUGAUCAGCAAGCUAGUUGGAGCCGGAUGGAUGCGCAUACCUAUUGCUAAAACGUUCCCUAUCACACAAGUGAGGGAAGCGUUUGAGGCUGCAGACAACCUGCGAACUCUCGGUAAAAUGGUUCUCACAUUCGAUUGA